GAAAGUAUAUUUUGGUGAGGAAGAAGGACACUUUUCUUACAUUGCUUGAUGUAAUCUUAAAAUAUAAUCUUAGACUCCUCUGACCAUGUAAUCAAUUGGUUCAUCAGCGGUGAUGAGUAUCUAGUGAACAUGCAGCAUACAGUCAUACCUUCUUGGUAUCAACGUGAAGGAUAUAUAAAAUCUAUGGCAAAUUUAAUUGAAAAAGCGUUGAAAAAGUUUGACCGUCCUGAAAAGGUGGUAAUAUUUUUUACUGCACAUGGGGUUCCACUUGCGUAUGUAGAAGAGGCAGGUGAUCCUUAUAAGGCAGAGAUGGAAGAAUGUGUGGACUUGAUAAUAGAGGAAUUAGAGAAGAGGAAGAUCACUAAUGCAUACACUCUUGCUUAUCAGUUUUGGUUGAGUGGGAGAUGUGUUUGUUUUCUGUGCGGUCAUUAGUUCCACUUGGAAGUGUGGAAGAGUUAUUGGCAACUUAUGAUUCGCAACGAAGGGAGCUCCCAGCACCGCUGACCGUUGGGAAUGGGUUUGGAGGAAAAGUACUGAAACUUGGAAUGGCAGAGCAGCCAUGCUGGCAGUGCUUGUGCUGCUGCUACUGGAGGUCGCAACUGGAGAGGGAUUUCUGCACCAGUGGGGAAUAUUGCCGUUGUUCCACUAAAUCCAACACACACACACUCUCUCUAUGCCUGAAAAGUAUAAAUUUUGAUAAGCAACAAAGCUAUAUAGCAUUCUAAUAGAGCAUAUUUUAAUAGGGAAAGUAUAUUGGGAUUGGAUGCUGAGAUUUUAAUAUUUAAUUAAAUCCAUUGGUCACACACUGAUUCGGGAAUAGUUUUAAGACUUUACUUGAGACACAAGCAGUCGUGCAUGGUAAUUUGUUGUGACUUUACCUGUUGUGGAGGUUGCAUUCCUUAUUAUGGCAGUAGUAAUAUAAUCGAUAUAUUGUAAUGAUCUUUACUUGUUAUGGCAAUAUAAUAAUUUGCUUUU